UUGAAACAUUUAUUUAUUUAUUAAAAUUUAAUUGUUUUUAUGAAUCUUUUGUUUUGAUUAUUGUUUACAACAAAACAUAUGAAAACAUUAAAUGAAUGAUUGAUUGAUUGAUUCGUUGAAGUGAUUGAUAGUCAAACAAAUGAUACAAUACGGCAUUCAAAGCAAUUUGUUGGCCAACAGUCUGGUCGGUGUCCAACCCAUUGAUAUGAAGACCAGCUCACAGAUGGAUGAAAGGCUACUGACUGACUUUCAUCAGAUCCGAUACACUCGGUUCCAGAAGAAUGACGAUUCGUCAUAUAAAGUGAAUUCAAUGGAUUGGAAUCAAUCGGGAACUCAUCUGAUGGUCUCAUCCGACGACUCUAUUGUCCGCAUAUUUAAUCUGAACGGCGAUGAAGUGGGAGUCAUACCGUCCAAAAAGCACGGAUCGGAUCACAUUCAUUGGAUGAAUGACACCAACACCUGUGUGUUUGCCUCAAGAUAUGAGACGCAAAUUGGCGCCGAUGUCCACAAAAUAAGACAUUUGGAUAUCAAUAGUAAGACAUUUCUGCACUACUAUUGCGGACACGAAAGACAGGUGACAGGUAUUUCAAUCAACAAAAAUUACAACUGUUUUUUAAGUUCAUCUUUGGAUAACACAAUCCGUUUGUGGGACAGUCGACUUAAUGCCAACAUUAAACCUGGCGAUCGUAGGUCGCUAUCAGUGGUCAAAUGUUUGAGCCGAUCAGUGGCCUCGUUUGAUCCGACGGGUCUGGUUUUUGCAGUGAGCUUACAGACGGACUCAUCCUUACGACUCUAUGAUAUACGAAAUUAUACGAAAGGUCCGUUUAAAGUGAAUAGAUUAGAGUCAGAUCAGUCAUUAGGUGAUGUCUAUGGUCUAUAUUUUUCGCCAAACGGAAAAAUGAUAGCCCUGUCCACAAAUGGCAUUUCCAUUCGUAUAGUAGACGCCUAUUCACUUCAAGAAAGAUGUAAAUUAAAUGGCUUUAAGAAUGAGUUAAGAAAGGACUUGGAGCUGACGUGGACUCCCGAUUCUCAAUACAUAUUUUGUGGUUCGAGCGGUAAUUUUGCCGGAAUCGGAACUGGCGUUCAAUGCACGAAGCGUUCACUCGAAUCGUUAAAUUUAAUCCAAUGUUUUAUAUGAUUGCCAGCGCUUGUCAUGACAUCUCAUAUUGGAGUCCAACCGUUCAAACAG